AACAAAUUCAUACCGAUUCAAUUGCUUGAUAAAAGUUGAAUGUGACGGAUGAACGCUACGAAAAGCAUUUAACAUACUUAAACCUUCUUCACCACACAUCUGUCGCAUCGGAACAGAUAUUUUUCAGUUUCCUGAUAUUGCUUCAUGGCGCUCGUGAGACUUCAGCUGCAUCUGUCUCUGCUGCACUUCCUCCCCUCGGACAUAGCCCCGCCAGGAAGUGUGGAGAAUGUGCUUGACUGCUUCAACUCCUGUCUGAAAAAACAGGAGUGUGUCUCCCUGAUUUACGACAGGUACAACAAGCAGUGCUACACCUACCCAGGCAGGCUUGAGGUUCCCUUCUGGGGAACUGACCUCAAUACUGACCUCGACAUCUACAAUACGGACAGGGAGGGAUAUGGUUGUCCAAGUCAUCUUGGAUAUGAUUUUAAUUCCACGAUGAAUGUAUGUUUCAAAAUACACGGUGGUACUGAGACACAGAUACAAGCUCACAGAAACUGUAACUCCGAUGGAGGUCAUCUUAUCAGAAUCACUUCAAGUGCAAAGGAUGAAUUUGUGUCUGUGGUUUGGCCACACCAAACAACUUUCGUCGAUGGCAUGUGCUACGUGGAAGGCGGCUGGAAGUACUCGAAUGGAGACAAUGUAACCUACUUCAGAUGGAGGCCGAAUCAACCUAACGCUGAGUGUGGGCAAGGAUGGGGGAAGUGUCUGGAGAGAGAUGUGUCUGGGUUCAACGACGUCUACUGUUGGCAUCCACUUCCCUUUAUAUGCGAAUUCGAUAUAUAAAGCCGUGCAAAGCAAAAUAUAUUUCAGGAUGGUAAAUACCCUGUAUUAGGCAUAUACGUUGUAUUCAGCUAGCCUUGAUAUAAUGUCAUUCUUAAAUCUGUCGUCGAAAAACCCUCUCACAUACGAUACCUAAACACGUUUUCCUUGAAUGUGCGCAUUAAUAUAUAUGACGUGAGAAGAUCGGUGAUUUGUCAGUCGGACAGUGACAAGAGUCAAUAUAGUUCCAACUGAAACCUUUCGAGGCCUUCACAUAUUGUUUCAACUUGCCCUUCACGGCAUUUACACAGGUCCGCCCGCUAGAGUUUUUGUAUGUUGUGAGUGCACUUUAUCAACGUAAAGCUACUCUUACCCUAGUCUAUGAGACGUUAAGUUUGUUAAGAGCCUGCCUAUUACUGUCAUAAGUGAGUGAGUGAGUUUGGUUUUACGCCGCUUUUAGCAAUAUUCCAGCAAUAUCACGGCGGGGGACACCAGAAAUGGGCUUCACACGUUGUACCCAUGUCGGGAAUCGAACCCGGGUCUUCGGCGUGACGAGCGAACGCUAUAACCACUAGGCUACCCGACCGCCCCUACUGUCAUAACGCUAGCAAGUGAGGCGUCAGGUGUACACACAGCGACAGAAUGAAACAAGCUAACAAUUCGGACAUCUUUCGGCCAAAUCCAACUGUUUAAAAUUGGGGAAAAGGUACCAAGCCGAAAAGGUGGAACAGAUAUGGAAACUAAUCCCGCUAGGCUGGUGUGUUCACUAAAUUGUUUCGCAAUUUAUAUUUCCAAAGUUGUCAUAACUUGUAAAAUACCUCAGCUAUAUAUAUAGCUACGUCCCAGUUAGACACUGAUUUUCAGUAUCUGAGACCAGUACUAUUGUUUUGAUAGUGAUAAAAAUGAUCCCAGUAGUUCUUCCAGAUUCCCGAUAGUUCAUUCCCCGAUGAAUAACAGUAACGCCAUGUUUGUUUGUAAACGCUGAAUAAUAGUACCUACCUGACCUUUCACUUUCGCAUCUUUAUCCAUAUAUGAUCCCAACGGACACAACAUUUGUCUUUAUCCUGUCGGGAAAUCUAUACUUUAUAUGAUAAUUUUAUUUAUGUUAAUUGUUAAUUAUUUACACCUUAAUGAUUAUUGAAUUUAUCACCAACUGUCAUCUGAUACAAAUGUAAUCAUACUAGAAAAUUCAAUGGAACCCACGUGAAGAGUGACGCCCCAAACCCAGGGCAGCAUUGUUCGCUCCUAUGUAAAGAAACUUACCUGUGUGUACCUUCAUCACUUGUGAAGUUUAAUGUCAGCCGUUACACCAGAAUAUCAUUUGUAUAAGUUCGAAAAUACAAACGUUAAAACCCUUUCCAUAAUUAUACGAAAGGAUUGGGAAUGUAAAUAGUGUGUUCAUGGAGACUAAUAUUUUGAUUGAUGUCGAAGUGAUUAUUUCUGUUUGGGCAAGACAUGACACUGUGACAAGAAAAGUCACAAUGGAUUAUAAAUGCAUUUGCCCUCAUAGAGGAGUGAAGUUAGUUGUCCAGAUGUUCUCGUCAAUAGCUUACAAUUGUUUUUGUGUAUAUUUCCCAUGUUAGAUUUUCACAUUUUUUAUACUCAAAAUUCUCUUGAUAAAAAAAAGUAUGAAAAAAUAUUCUUCUUACUUAUUUGUAAUUCUUCAGGUUGAAGAUAUUACAUGGUAUAAAAAGCCCGGUAAGUGCACUGUGAAAUGUAUCUAUAAAUCAUUGUGUAAGUAUGCCGUAAUAGUAUUCUUUACACCUUGAAAUGUAAAGGUGAACAUUUUCAAGCUUCAUUUAUUAUUCUCGUUUUAAUUUUGAAACAUAUUUUAGACUUCCUGUUAUGGGUAUAUAGGCAGACGGUUUGAAUGUGGCUGUCAGAACAGAGUGGCGUAGGUCAAUAGCUAUUGAUCAAGAAUGUAGAUUACACAAUCCUCGAUUCGGUAUUGAUUAUUGUGAUGUUUUACGAAAAAGAGUUUAAUUUUGUGUUUGUUUCUAGAGGUUUUACUGGAAAGAAUAGUAUGUAUUGUAUAUUGGGAUAUUCGAAAUAAUGUUCUACGUAAGCACUGGUCGUGGAAUCCAUGAUAAGAUGAAUACUCAAAAUCAAGAAACAAUUGUCCAUUUGUCUACAUAUGUAAUUUUAGCAGUCUAAUUAACACCUACAUAUUCAUGAUGCUUUGAUGUUUGGUAACAUCGUAUUGCUAUUCGGUACAGAGCAUGAAUAUAUAUGACGAUUGUUCCACUUACCAAUAGUGUUUAAUGUCGCUAUAAACGUUACACACUUUUGUAUACUUUGUUCAAAUCAAAAACAACUAAAACAGAUGUUGGUGAUAACAGGAAGCACGUCCUCCUUACAAUUAAAAAUAUAGUUAUUCGUAAUUGAAAUCAGGAUUAGUAGUUCUGAUAUUUGAUAUCUUUCAAUGUAUUGAUCUUUUUACCUCCCCUGUGC